AUGGUGUAUCUGUUAUCGUUACUGGUGCUGUUAGCAGGACUCAAGGACUGCUUAACGGGUGAUCGAGCGUGUGGAACGGUGAUCCUUCCCAACGGGCACACCUACCGAGGUUGUUCACAGGACGAAGAAUGUAUUGCUGCCGGGGACGAUUGUGUCCGGUGUGAUCGCUUCUCCGGUUGCAACAUCGAUCGUUACCCAGCUGAUCGGUUAAGGUGUAACAUUUGUCAAUCCAGCCAGUCCACGUCCUGCCAGGCGUUGCCAUAUCCUCGUCAAUUUGAGAAGCCGUGCGUGCGGUACGUCGCCGGUGAUCGAUGCGUCACGGUGUUCGAUCAGUUUAACGUGUCCUACCGGGACUGCUUGUCGGCCGUUCCGGAGGUUGAUCUACCGAAAUGUGACGGAACGACACCCACAGUUGAGUGUGCUGUUUGCUCCCGGUGGCAUUGUAACACCGUCAAAGUGCGGCAGGAUGAUCGAUGCCUGCAGUGUACGUCCAAUAUGACGCACUGUUCAAGCGGACAACGUUCGGCUACGGUUUGCGAGCAACCCUCGGAGGGCAGGUGCUAAUCAAAGGUGAACGAGCAGCAGUUUUUGGUGCGUGGUUGUUGGGUGGAUUUAACCAACACAGAGCAGCAGGAAGCCUGCAACAAUGAUGCGCGGAAUUGCGCUGUUUGCGAAGGUGCAGGAUGUAACGCCGAGUUCCUUCCACAGGACACAUUAAGCUGUGUGCAGUGUUACUCAAAACAACAACUGAGCUGUGCUCAGCAGCAGUUAAACGACAGCAGUGUUCAGUUCUGCCGGCGACACGUGAUAGGUGAUCGAUGUUACGUUCGCACGAUCGCUGAUGGAAGCCUUCAACGUGGGUGUAAAUCGGAUAUAGACAACGAAUCCGGUUGCACGUAG